AAAUCCAGACGGACAAGAACCCGCAUGCAACUCUGCGUGUGCACUUGGCAGAAUCUUGCGCAGCAUGUUCCACAGGCUGAACCCACUGCAGGCUGACCCUCUUGAACAAGCCGAAAUACUUCCUGUUAGCAACCAGCUCGAGGACGCUUGUGUCUGGUUUCCAAGACGGAUUGCCUUGUGACUGUACACGUUGUCUUAGCGGUUUAAAACGAGUUUUUCUCAAAAUAAACAAGGGGACAAGCCAGCUGGCCACUUUGUGCAUACGAACGGGCUUGUCAGCGUGUAGCUAGCUAUGCUUCAAGCUAUCCACCUCGGAAAGUAACGGUAGCUAGGCUAGUAAAUAGCUAGCAAGCUAAUGUUAAGGUUGAUUCUGACUUUUUGCUAGCUAAUCGUCUUCAAUAGCUUGCAGCUAAAGUUCUUUACCUCGCAAUAACAUUAGCUGACCAGUUGAUUUCAAGAUGAGCGAGCAACUUAAAUUUAUCGUUGAGCACCUGAAUAAAGACCCCUUCAAGAAAAACUUUAACCUGAUCACCUUUGACUCACUGGAGCCAAUGCAACUUCUGCAAAUUCUCAACGAUGUUCUGGCCGAAAUAGACCCUAAGCAAACUAUUGAUAUCCGUGAAGAAAUGCCUGACCAGACAGCAAAGAGAAUGUUCACUCUGCUGGGGAUGUUGAAAUACAAACCACCUGGGAAUACGUCUGAGCCGAGCAGUUUCAGACAGGGCCUGGUGACUGGCAGUAAGCCUGUGAUACACCCUAUCCUUCACUGGCUGCUGCAGAGAAUCACAGAGCUGAAGAAGAGAGCUUACUUGGCUCGCUUCCUGGUUAAGCUGGAGGUGCCUGCUGAGUUCCUGCAGGAUGAUGUCAUCACUGACACCUAUCACCAGUAUGAAGAAUUAGUGGAAGGAUUCAAGACCUACCACAAGGAGUGUGAGCAACUGAAAAGCUCUGGCUUUUCCACUGCAGAGAUCAGAAAGGACAUUGGUGCUAUGGAGGAGGAGAAGGACCAGCUGAUCAAGCGAGUGGAGAGGCUGAAGAAGAGGGUGGAGUCAGUUUCCAACCACCAGCGGAUGCUGGAACUGGCCAGACAACUACGGGUGGAAAAGGAGAGAGAAGAGUCUCUGGCUCAGCAGAAGCAAGAGCAGAAGAACCAACUUUUCCAGGCAGAACAGAGACUGCAGAGAUCUCAGCAGCAGCUGAAGGACCUGCGACAGGCAGCAGCAGAUGCCAAGCCAGAGAGCUUAAUGAAGAGGCUUGAAGAGGAGAUCAAGUUCAACUCCUACAUGGUGUCUGACAAACUGCCCAAGGAGCUGGAGAGUAAGAGACGGAUGGUGCAGUACCUGCAGAAGGUGGUGUCUGAGCCAGCCAUGGGCCAAGCUGAGCUUGGGGAACUAGAGGACAAGAUUCGAGAAAACAACAUUGAAAUAAACUUGCUGAUUGAGAAAAGAAUGAUGCGAAACGACCCCAUGGAUGAUAAACUGUCUCUUUUCAGGCAACAGGCAUCGAUUAUAAUUCGUAAGAAGGAGGCGAAGGCGGAGGAGCUGCAGGAGGCCCGGGAGGAGCUAGCUGCACUAGACAGAGAGCUGAACCAGAAGAACAGCCAGGCACGAGACCAGGACGGAGAUGAGGUCAUCCGGGGAGAUGAGUUUAAACGUUUUGUCGGGAAACUGCGCAGCAAGGGGACGGUGUUCAAGAAGAAGCGGCAGGAGAUUACCGAGCUGAGAGCUGAGUAUGGGGUCUUGCAGCGGACAGAGGAAAUUCUAAAACAGAGGCACGAGGUCGGCCAACAGCAACUGCAAUCCAUGGAGGCACAGAAGGGAAUCUCUGGGUACAGUGACACUCAGGAGGAACUGGAGAGAGUGUCAGCCAUCAAGAGUGAACUGGACGAGAUGAAGGGGCGCUCGCUGGACGACAUGUCAGAAAUGGUGAAGAAACUGAACUCAACAAUAGUGGAGAAAAAGUCUGCCCUUGCUCCGAUCAUAAAGGAACUGAGGCCUUUGAGACAGCAGUGUCAGGAGCUAACUCAAGAGUAUGAGGAAAAGAAGGCCCAGUAUGACAGCUGUGCUGCAGGUCUGGAGAGUAACCGAUCCAAACUGGAGCAGGAGGUGAGAGCUCUGAGGGAGGAGAUGGCUCAGGAGGAAAACCGAUACCACUAUAUCAACUGCAUGAAAGAGAUCAUUGAGAUGCAAAUGCAGCGAGCAGCAGAGGAGAUGAAGGCUUACGUGUCUCCUGAUCCGCAAGAGAGGAGGAAGACCAUCAGGGAGCAGUACAUGAAGAACAUUGCAGAGCAGGAGUCCCUGGGCAAGAAGUUGCGUGAGCAGCAGAAGACUGUGAGGGAGAGCCAUGGGCCGAACAUGAAGCAGGUGAAGAUGUGGCGCGACCUGGAACAGCUGAUGGAGUGCAAGCGCCAGUGCUUCCUGAGGGCCCAGAGCCAAGCCUCCAUUGGCCAGGUCAUCCAGGAGGGUGGUGAGGAUAGGCUGGUGCUGUGAGGACGAGGAGAAUAUUAAAGCAGGGCCAACUCUGGUACACUAAGCUCUACCACAAUGACCAGGACUUCUCACUCAUCUAACUACUGUACUUAGUUAYCCAGUUAUAGUUAAUUAAUCUGUUCUGUUUGUCUUGCAUUAUAUCUAUUUUUAGGUAAGAUAAUUACUCUUCAUGUAUCAAAACUACUCUGCUUUCAUCACCUACAGUUAAAAGGAUUCCAUUCAUCCAAUCUGUGUUAAUCCUGGUUUAGUUAGCGAUUUGUGUUUUUUGUAAAUAAUCCCAAAGUAGUAUUUAGUUUAACUGAUUUAUCUCCUGUGAGGAACACCUUUCUGGUGAUGAUAUUGUGAGAGUUGCCU